GGCCAAGACCCCCACCCCCAACCACAGCGAACAGAGCGAGAUUUAGACAGAGAAAAGACUACGGAUACAUACUGAGAGAAAAUGCAGAUUACUGGUAAGGUGAAGUGGUUCAACGAAUCCAAGGGGUUCGGCUUCAUCACCCCCGACGACGGCAGCAAGGACGUCUUCGUCCACUUCACCGCAAUCGCUGGCAACGGCUUCAAGACCCUCGCCGAGGGCCAGCGUGUCGAAUUCGAAAUUCAAGACGGCCAAAAAGGCCCGUCCGCCGUCAAUGUCAAGGCCCUAGAGCUAGAGGAGGAUAAGAGCAUUUCGAGCAAAUUAUAGGAGGAUGCUUCACCCAUCCACCUGCGUCGAUGCGUAAUAUCCUAUGCUGCGUUCGGAAGGAUUGCUCUUGUUUGUGUUCUCUUCUCACCGUUUCUCCUUUUCAUUUUACAUCAAGACUACAUGGGUUAACUACUGCUCCGUUCGGGCUUGCAAGGAAUAUGGUUUUUUGUUUGAGUCAAAUGUUUUUUUUUACUUUAAAUGAGUGUAUACAAAGAAAGAUAUUUACAGUACCAAAUCAGUAUCAAUAGAAUUACCAUGAAAUGUGUUUCUGUAACGUAUUUGUUGGGUAUUGUAAAUUUUGAUAAUAACUAUUUCUAUAAACCUGGUCCACUACUGUGGAAAUUAGUCUCUUGA